AUGGAUAACGAAAAAUUAUCCAAGCACAUCCCAUCUGCCGAUGAUGGUGAUGUGAUCGCCGAUACGGCAGAAUAUAACUCAAAUGAAAUUCAACGGUUUAAGGUUGAACAUCGCUUACUUAUAUCUAUUUGGCAAAUGUGUUUUUCUGCGCCAGUCGAAGAAAUCCUUACAUCGGGUAGUGCGAAGGUACUUGAUGUAGAGUGCGGUUACGGAAUUUGGUUAACGGAAGUGGCCCACGAAUACCCAAAAGCAACUUUUAUAGGAAUAGAUUCUUCUAAAAAAAUUUCCUAUUAUGGUACCUUUGAUUAUGUACAUUUUCGUAAUGGCUCAAUCGCCGUUUCAACUGAUCCAAAAAUUAUCCCUGAAAUGGUACGAGUCCUGAAGGUCGGAGGGUUCAUUGAGCUUUGUGAAGUUGAUGCCCACAAUGUCAACGAAGGCCCGUUUAUGAAGCGAAUAGCCAAUAGUGAUGGAAUGAUAGGAGAAAAGGUAGAUGAGAUUCUUUUGAAAAAUGGCAAAAUAACUAAUAUUAUUCAUCUACAAAGAUAUGGUCAACUUGGGACAUGGGGUGGUGAAAAGGGUACUAUGGCUGUAAAAAACUUUCGAAAUAAUUGGCUAGCACUUAAGUACCAACUCGCAGAAUUUAUGAAAAUCAGCCCCGAAGAGUUCGAUACACUCGUCGAGGAUUGUGUACGAGAAACCGAGCUUUUUCGCACAUAUUUUAAAACUCACCGUAUCUAUGGUCAAAAAAUCAAAUAA